AUGCCCGAAAAAAUCGAUUACGUGUUCAAAGUGGUGGUCAUCGGAGAUUCUGCUGUCGGAAAAACGCAGCUCCUUUCACGUUUUACACAGAACGAGUUCUGUUUCGAUUCAAAAUCCACCAUUGGUGUCGAGUUUCAGACACGUACGAUCACUAUCCAAGGCAAACUCGUUAAAGCUCAGAUCUGGGAUACCGCUGGUCAAGAAAGAUACAGAGCGGUGACGAGUGCCUAUUACAGAGGAGCGUUAGGAGCGAUGGUGGUUUACGACAUAACCAAACGAGCCACAUUCGACCACGUGGCACGUUGGGUUGAGGAAUUACGUGCUCACGCCGACGAUUCCGCCGUGAUUAUGCUUGUCGGAAACAAAUCCGAUCUCGCCGAAGAUAAACGCGACGUUUCGACGGAAGACGCCGUCGAGUUCGCAGAGACCCAACGGCUUUUCUUCUCGGAAGUGUCGGCUUUAAGCGGCGGAAACGUCGACGAAGCUUUUUUCCGUUUGCUAGAGGAGAUUUUUAGUCGUGUUGUUGUUUCGAGAAAAGCUUUGGAAUCUAAAGACGGUGGAUCCGUCGUGAAGCUCGACGGUUCGAGAAUCGAUGUGAUCUCUGGUUCGGAUCUUGAGAUUAAGAAGACGAAUGAACAAUCUUCGUGUUCGUGUUGA